AUGUCAGCCCCCCGGGCCCUCGAUAGUCCUGACGCGUACACGAUCGGCUGGAUCGCUGCCCUGCCAAUCGAAAGGGCCGCCGCAGAGGCUAUGCUCGACGAAGACCACGCGCCUCCAACCAGCUUUGUUCGACAUCAAAGCGAUACGAACGUUUACACAUGGGGUCGACUGGGAGAGCACAACAUAGUCAUUGCCUCACUUGCAGCCGGGGUAUAUGGCACCACAUCAGCGGCGACGACUGCGUCGCGCCUCCUUGCCUCUCUGCCGUCCAUCCGUAUUGGCCUCAUGGUCGGCAUAGGCGGCGGCAUCGCUCGCCCGGAUGAGGAUCAAGAUAUCCGAUUGGGCGACGUCGUGGUGAGCCAGCCGGAUGGGACGACAGGCGGGGUCUGCCAGUACGACUUGAUCAAAGCAAAGGCUGGCGGUAAGCGCGAGCGCAAAGGAUUCCUCAGACCGCCGCCGACAGUGUUGCUCAACGCGCUGGCCAGUAUCCAGGCCGAUCACGAGCGCAGGGACUCUACGGUUCCCCUCUAUGUACAAGAGAUGCUGGAGAAGAACCCCAAGAUGGGCAGGAAGUCUAAGAAAAGCCCCGGCUUCGCUCAUCAAGGCUUAGAAAACGACCGUCUGUUCCAGGCGUCCUACGAACACGUCAGCGGGCCGGACUGUCGUCACUGCAACGCAGAUGGCGAAGUUCAACGAGACGAUCGCGACACAACUGACCCUGACAUCCAUUACGGCAUCAUCGCAUCCGGCAAUACUCUCGUCAAAGAUGCGGCAGAGCGCGAUCGAAUUGUCGACGACGUUGGCGGGGACUGCCUCUGCUUCGAGAUGGAAGCGGCUGGCCUGAUGGACCACUUCCCUUGUCUCGUGAUCCGGGGUAUCUGUGACUAUGCCGAUUCCCACAAGAAUGACCGGUGGCAGCGGUACGCCUCCGCAACUGCGGCCGCGUGUGCUAAGGAGCUUCUCGCGUAUGUGCCACCUGCCGAAGUACAGGAGACUAAGAGGGCAUUGGAGGUGCUACAAUCUGGUUAG